GCUCUAAUGAAUGCUCACAAUGGCCGGUUUGGUAAUGGUCACACACGCUCACAAUUAUUAACAGUUUCACUCGCGUAAAUAAUUAUGUUCAUCAAUUGUAUAUUAUUUACGAACUCAUUGAAUUCAAUUGCAUUAUUGUUUCUCGUUCACUCGUUUUUCAAUGUUAAUUGAAUACAAAUUUUAUAUUGUAUUAACUUGAAGGAUAUACGUACAGAAAAUGGAACGUGGACCUGGUAAAAGAAGAAUUAAACCUCCUGUUAACCUGGAAUUAAUAGAUUUUUAUAGUGAAAGUUCAUCUGAUAGUGAUUUCAAUAUUGAAGAUCACUAUGUUAAUAGUGAAUCAGAUUCUGGAGAUUCAAAUUUCAGUUUUACUGAUGAUGGCAGUAAUAAAAAAAAAACUGAAGAAGAUGAUGGUAAUAAAAAAAAAACUGAAAAAGAUGAUAAAGAUAAUAUUAAAUGUAGCAAUGAUAGUAUGGCUAUUGAUUGUACUAAUCUCAAGACACCAAAAAAAGAUGAUUCUAUAAAAGUGAAUAUUAAAGAAAUAGUAGAUACAAUUCGUAUUUGCAGUAUUUGCUUAGGUGAUGAUAGUGAUGUCGUGAAUGAGUUAAUAGAUUGUGAUGAAUGUGGUAUAUCAGUUCAUGAAGGUUGUUAUGGCAUCUCUGAUUCUGAAAGUGUAAAUUCAUCUAUUUCAUCAUAUUCCACGGAACCAUGGUUUUGUGAAGCUUGUAAAGCAGGAGUAGAAAAUCCUACUUGUGAAUUAUGUCCUAAUUUAGACGGGAUAUUUAAGGAGACAGAUAAUGGAAGAUGGGUUCAUUUAGUAUGUGCUCUUUAUGUACCUGGUAUAACUUUUGGUGAUGUUACAAGUCUCAGUAAACCCAAGUUAUUUGCACACGGUACACCUCAAUGGGGCAAUAAAAGCUGUACUUUAUGUAAAGAUUAUAGAUUUAGUAGCACUGGAGUGACUAUUUCAUGUGAUGCUGGAAUGUGCCGAACACAAUUUCAUGUUACUUGUUCUCAACAAGAAGGUGGUUUAUCAGAUGUAACAAGUCCAGAAACUGACCAAUCAGAUCCAUUUUAUGCUCAUUGCAAGAUGCAUGGAGACAAACUGAUAGCGAAGAAUAAAAAAAGAAAUUGGCAAAUACUUCAACUAAGAACAAACCAAAUGAAAUUAAAGCGUGAACAGCUGUCUUCAGAAAAAUCAACUACAUGGGAACGUAAUCAGCGAUGGCUUAGAAGAUUACGAUCCAAGUAUGAACAAACUAAACAAAUCAGUAUUAAAACAGAGUCAACAUUUAAAUCAAAAGUUCCUCGUGCCAUUACAACAUCAGCUUCAUCAUGUCGAGCCCUUUGGUUAAAAGCUGACUUAAUGGGUAUAAAUACAACCUCUCAAGAGGUUAUUGAAAGACAAAUAAAAGAAUUGCGUGAUGUACCAAAAAAAUGGAAUGUACCGCCUGCAUUUAGCUUGGAAUUUGUAAGUUAUUUCUCAGAUAGAAAUUUAAGAUUGACAAAUUUAAAAAAUCAGCUAAAACAUUUUACUGACCAAAACAACAAACUCCGUGAUGAACAAAAAAUUGCACAAGAAAAAUAUAAUCAAGAGUUAAAAAAAAAUGAAAUUCAAAAACAAAAAAAUUUGGAACUUGAAAAUGUUAUUAAAGCAUAUCAUAAUAUAAUUAAUUUGUGCAAUCCUUAUGCUAAUAUUUUAGAUGUAGAUAUAUUUGCUGGAGAAGUUCAAAACGAUCAUUGUUCUUAUAUUGGUUUUUCAGAUAAUGUCCAAUUAGAUUUGUAUAAUAAAUGUAGUAUUUGUAGUCAUACAAAUGAUCAACAUUUACUGGCAAAAUGUGAUACAUGCAGAUUAUACUAUCAUUUACGUUGUUUGAAUCCACCACUGACUAGAAUGCCUAAGAAAACAAAAUUAUUUGGAUGGCAAUGCAGUGAUUGUGAAAAUAGUAAUUCUUUUUCUGAACAACAAAUCAUUGAUAAAAAUGCACCUAGACAAUUAAGAUGUGGCGGUAAAAAGCAAUCUAUAUCAGAUAAUCAUAAAUCUUCAUCAUUUAUUGGUAACGAUUUACAGGACUUCAAUAAUUCGACAAAACAGUAUAAAAUGCCAAAUGGACAAAAAAAAGAUAAAAAACAUGAACAGAAUAAGAAAAAAGAUUCCAAUAAAAUCAUAACAAAUCAAGUUAAGGCUCACAAGCGUAAACAUAAGUAUGAUGAAGAUAAUAAUACUUCAAAAUUGGAACCAUCUGAUAACCUAACUCAACAUGGAAUUAAGCUAUUUAUUAAAACUGUACCAAGUACUAGUGGAGUCAAAACAACAUCAUCAAAAUUACUUAUUGGAUCACCAGCAGAUACAACACUACAUACAUCUAAAAUAACUAAACCAGAAAAAAGUAUUACACCACUAAGAAUCAGCACGAUAUCAACAGAUAUUAUGUUGACUCCUAAAUGUAAAGCUUGUCAUACAACCGGAACUAGAGCUACAAUGGUUCAGUGUGAUGAAUGCAGUGAAUAUUUUCAUUUUUUUUGUCUUGAUCCCCCUGUAAAAAAAACACCAAAAGUUAUUGGUUAUUCAUGGCACUGUGAAGAAUGUGAUCCAACGGACAGUGACUAAAAAAACUUGGAAGCACCAUUACACAACAU